UCGGAUGGCUUCGGUUUAGUCACGCCUCUUUUGGACCCUCAUUCAGAGAGAGACGGAGACCAGCAAACGACGAGCAACUUCUCUUUUUGUUAUUUACCGUCUAGAACACUCUACGCUUGUUUUCUUCGGCUCGUGCACAUUUGCUGACGUGUCCUUUGAGUGUCCCACCGUCAGCAUGUCCUCAGACACAUCAUCUCCCAUGAAGUCCAGCACCCCUCCUCUGUCCCCGCUGUCUCCGGUCUCUCCAGUUUCCCCCAGCUCUCUGCGUCUGCCCGCCUGCCGUCAGAGAGAGCGCUCCCAGUCCCCCAUGAGGGGCUCCCUGAUUCCCAGCCCCCUGCCCACCCGCCGCAACCGCACCUACUCAGCUGCAGCGCGUGCAGCCGAGGGGCCGGUCUUCACUGGGGUCUGCAAGUGCUUUUGUCGUUCCAAAGGACACGGUUUCAUCACGCCAUCAGACGGAGGCAGUGACAUCUUUGUGCACAUAUCUGACAUCGAUGGUGAAUAUGUGCCUGUGGAAGGAGAUGAAGUUAGCUACAAGAUCUGCUCUAUUCCACCCAAACUUCAGAAGAUCCAGGCCGUGGAGGUGACCAUCACUCAUUUAGCGCCAGGCACGAAGCAUGAGACCUGGUCUGGAGCCGUGGUUGAAUCAUGAGAUCCUCGAAGUGGUGUGACAGUGAUGUUAACAUGGCUUUCUGUUCCUUUUCUGGAGAUCUGAGUGGGGGAUGGGAACGGGGGCUGAAUUAUCGUCAAGCGCUGUGUAACAUGACACCGUAAUUCCAAGAAAAAUACAAAAAUACUGCAUCUGUUUUUCCCCUUUUCUUCCUUUGGGCUCAGGAGGGGAGUUUGUUUAAAGUUCUCUUUCAUUGGGUUUGUGGUUAAUACUGUGGAAUGAACAGCAGUUACACUAACCAUUUGCGAAUCGCUGAUUGAUUUGAAUACUUUUAAGAACUGACUGCAAAAUCUUAACAAGCCUUAGCGCAUACAUAAUUUGCUUGUCUAUACAUUGCGAAAAUAUAUCAUUUUGAUCAUGUGCAUGUGUUUCUUGGUCAUUUUGGUUCAAAGACCGUCAAGAACAAUAAAGGAUUCAUCAAUA